UCACAGUCAUUCUUUCUUGUUCACUGAGUCAAUAUAAUUAUUUGUUUUAACCUACUAUAUGUUUUUGCAUAAAUGAAAAUUGUCACUUAAAAAAUACCAAUCCAAAAGAACAUAUAAGAACAAGCCUUACAUAGUAGUAGUACAAGGUGAAUGAAGAAAAGAUACUAGAAAUGUCUGUUUUCAAAUUCUUUGCAUAUCCCACUGUGAGCAUUGUUCCUUGUCAUCUAGUCUCAGUGCCAAGACUGUUACACAAGCAAAGUAAGCAAUAGAGCAGUCACCAUCCAUGACUGCAGGCUAGAUUGGGCUCCAGUCCAGUUUUCCUGCUCCUUUGAGAGAGCACACUUCCUAUUUUUCCUCUUCUGAAAAUAAUUGUUUGGUGGCCUGGGCCAGAAUAUCUGCGUAUUUUGUAUCCUCCUGCUGCAGCUACAGACUUAUGACUCUGCACACCGCAGUGGUUUCUGAAGCCAGUGUUUUUCCCAGUGCCAAAGUUGCCCAGAUUUUCAGAUGUGUAUCUCUGGGCCUCCAGCCCAGCCUGUACAGAACUGGAAAUGAAUGUGAUGGAUUGGUUAGCUAAAAUGCUGGGCCUUCCUGAUAAAUUCCUGCACCACCAUCCUGACAGUGUGGGCGGAGGAGUAUUACAGAGCACUGUGAGUGAAUCAACCUUGGUUGCACUGCUGGCAGCAAGGAAGAACAAAAUUCUGGAGAUGAAGGUUUCUGAGCCAGAGGCUGAUGAGUCCUCGCUCAAUUCUCGCCUCAUCGCUUAUGCAUCUGAUCAAGCACAUUCCUCUGUAGAAAAGGCUGGGUUGAUUUCUCUUGUGAAGAUAAAAUUUCUGCCUGUGGAUGAGAAUUUUUCCCUCAGAGGUGAAACUUUGAAGAAAGCCAUUGCAGAAGACAGAAAGAAAGGCCUAGUGCCAGUCUUUGUGUGUGCAACUUUGGGUACAACUGGUGUCUGUGCUUUUGACAAUCUGUCAGAACUGGGUCCAGUUUGUGAUGCUGAGGGACUCUGGCUUCACAUUGAUGCUGCAUAUGCAGGAACAGCAUUUGUAUGUCCCGAAUUUCGAUUGUAUUUGGAUGGAAUUGAAUAUGCAGAUUCCUUUACUUUCAAUCCUUCAAAGUGGAUGAUGGUCCAUUUUGACUGCACUGGAUUUUGGGUUAAAGAUAAAUUCAAGUUACAUCAAACCUUCAGUGUUAACCCUGUCUACCUCAGACAUGCCAAUUCAGGAGCUGCAAUUGACUUCAUGCACUGGCAGAUUCCACUGAGUCGUCGAUUCCGUUCGUUGAAGCUGUGGUUUGUGCUGCGUUCAUUUGGGGUGAAAAAGCUUCAGGCUCAUGUCCGACAGGGUACUGAAACAGCCAAAUUCUUUGAAUCUUUGGUUAAAAGUGACCCACUCUUUGAAAUUCCUGCCAAGAGACAUCUUGGACUGGUUGUAUUUCGCCUGAAGGGUCCCAAUUGGCUGACAGAACAACUUCUGAAAGAACUGAGCAGUUCUGGCAGGCUCUUCCUCAUUCCAGCAACCAUCCAUGACAAGUUCAUCAUUCGCUUUACUGUGACGUCUCAGUUCACAACCAGGGAAGACAUUCUGCAGGACUGGAGCAUCAUUCAACACACUGCAGCCCAAAUCAUUAGGCAGAAUUAUGGGUUGCACUACAUCAGUUCUGGUGAUGGGGCAGGAAUCCCCACUACAAUAGUUCAGCCUACUUCUGAUGCCAUUAAUGAUGUUCCUCAGCUUUAUUUAGAUGGAGGGAAAUACAAAACACCUUCCAGAAAAACAGUGGUUCAGCCUAAGAAAUUAUCAGUAAGUCCCAGUACGUGUGUGAUUAGUCAGCAGGUGAAAGGUCAGGAGGAUCCUCUGGAUGACUGUUUUCCAGAAGAUGCCCAAGAUGUUACCAAACAUAAGUUAACCUCUUUUUUAUUCAGUUAUUUAUCUGUUCAAGGCAAGAAGAAGACAGCACGUUCCCUUAGCUGCACCAGUGUGCCAAUGACUGGUAAUCUGGAGCAAUGUAACCCCAAAGCAGCAGCCACUGACAAGAAGGAGUCUCGUGCAAACGCCAGAGUUCUUUCCAGGCUGCCUGAAGACAUGAUGAUAUUCAAAAAAGGUGCCUUCAAAAAACUAAUUAAAUUCUACAGUGUCCCAAGCUUUCCAGAGUGUAGCAUUCAGUGUGGCCUUCAGCUGCCUUGUUGUCCUUUGCAGGCCAUUGUUUAACAAGUAAGACAGCUUGGUCCUUAGAAAGAGAACCAAAGUUUGCUUAUUCACAUGCAAUACUACAUGUUCUUUUGUUCAAAAUGUGUGUUGUGGCAAUGACCACUGAAAAAAUGCCUGUGCUUUUACUGCUGAAAACCUCAUGUAUUUAUAGAUUAAAAUGUCAAAUAAAUCUUGUAGGCCUAUA